CAGGCAAGAACAAGCAUGGAGAGAGGCGUAGAGAAGGAGAAGGCGGCGGAGCUGAAGAAAGAGUUGCAGAGAGCGGUGAAGGCCAUCGUGGAUGAACAAGAAGACGGCGGCGUGGAGCCCACUAAUCGAGCAAUGAAGUGUUUGUGUGCUCUGAGAGAUUUAAAGUUGAAGCCUUUGGGUUGUUCUGAGUCUUUGGGUAUUGGGAAUCUUUCGCUGUUGAGUCUCCUUCCUCCCAAAGAAUUUCUAUGCCCUCUCUCUGGGGAACUCAUGAAUGACCCUGUUGUGUUGUUAUCUGGCCAGACGUAUGAUAGGCCAUUUAUCCAAAAGUGGCUGAAAGAUGGGAAUCAGACAUGCCCUCAGACACAACAAAUUCUUUCUAAUAUGGUUCUCCUACCAAACCAUCUAGCAAGAAAAUUGAUUUCAAAAUGGUACGAGGAGAAUGGCCUGAAACCCCCAUGUUGUCCUCAAGUUGAAGAAGAUGAGCCGGGAACCUUAAAAGUAGAUACUGGGUAUCUGAACGAACUGCUCAAAAAGCUUUCCUCUUCUUCCGUAUCUGAUCAAAAAGAGGCUGCAAAAGAGCUUCGGCUGCUCACAAAACAGAUGCGAUCUGUUAGGGCUCUUUUCGGUGAUAUUUCUGAUUCUAUUGCCCAAUUGCUUUAUCCACUGCUGUCUGGGGCUGCUAACUCUCACCCUGAUUUACAAGAAGAUUUGGUGGCGACCCUUCUGAAUAUCUCCAUACACGAAGGCAACAAAAAACUAGUAGGAGAAAACCCUGUCGUCAUUCCUUUGCUUAUAGAGUCUCUGAAAUCCGGGAACAUUGAAACAAGAACAAACGUUGCUGCAACUCUUUUCACGUUAUCAGCCCUGGAUUCAAACAAGUACAUAAUUGCAAACUCGGGAGCUCUCAAGCCAUUGAUCGAGCUACUAGACGAAGGGCAUCCAAUGGCCAUUAAGGAUGCUGCUUCAGCCAUUUUCAGCAUCUGCAUUGCCCACGAAAACCGGGGCAGAGCUGUAUCUGAAGGGGCAGUCAGGGUGAUCAUGAAAAAGAUCAAAGAACGGGUCCUCAUUGACGAGCUGUUAGCUAUUCUCGCGAUGUUGUCCAGCCAUCACAGGGCUGUCGAGGAGAUGGGGAAGCUCGGGGCAGUGCCUUGCCUCCUCGGGAUAAUAAGGGAGAACACCAAUGAACUCAACAAAGAGAACUGCAUAGCAACGGUGUACACACUAUGCUUCACUGACCGAACGAAGCUGAGAGAGGUAUUGGCAGAAGAAGAAACCACUGGGACCAUUUACAGGCUCGCGGAGAGUGGAACUUCCACUUCGAGGGCCAAGAGAAAGGCAGGCAGCAUCCUCGAGCGGCUAGACAGAAGUGCGUUUUCGCUCACACUGCUUGAGCAUUGA